CGCGAGACCACGGAGGAAGAGAUGGCGCCGCCGCCGUUGAUGCAGAAGACUGGUCGAAAAGUGCUGGACCGCAAUGGCCGCGUCGUGGAUGAGAUGAAGGAAGACUCGAUCUUCGUUCGGCUGCACGAUCCAAACAACAUGGAUCGUGCGACGAAUCCAUAUCAACCUAUCUUGCGGUCGAACUUUCGUCUGAAGACGAUCAAUCGGUUGUUCCAGUGCCAUGCCCAUUACAUCAAGGACCAAUUUGAAAAUGUGCUGUGGCCCAAGCAGUGGCUUCUCGAAGUUCGCCCAGCACAGCCUGGCGCGCCGUGGUGCUAUGACAUCGUGGCCAAAAACGAACCCGAACCCGUCGACGACGCUCUUGACCCUCGGUAUGAAGGUGAGACCGUCGUCAAAAUUGCCAACGUGCCCAAGGAGGUGCAAGAGAAAGACCUCCGCGCGUGGCUUAUUGCCGGCUUGGUGCAAGAAUACGAACCCAUCCUCGACGCCAAGUUCGACAUCGCCGUGUUAACCAAGAAACUGGACUUGCUGAAGCAACGGCGUGACGAGGUCCCGAUGAUGAUUUUGGAUGGCAAGCCAAACGAACAGACGGAGACGCGGCAAAAGCUCGCCGCUGCCAUGGCGACUCAAAUCACAGCCCUGGACGACCAACUCGCCAAAGCCACCAAGAAACUCGGUCGUCGCACACGCCUCGUCGAGUCCGAGCCCAUCGAACUGAGUUUUCUCAAGGACGGGACGGAACAUCGAUUCGUGGACACUGACGUCGAAAAUGACAAGGAAAAGCUCAACUGGUUUGCCGACUUCAAGAGUCUGCGCGGCCCCGAGCUGGCACUGCUGGCGAUCGAGAAACCCGACUGGGGGAGCCUUCGACUUAGCACGACGCGCCCUGAUCCGACAGUCACCAUGGACGAACUCGACGACCCCACGCAUGAAGUGAACAUGCGCAUGGUGCGCGUCACUCGCGUCAAGCAUGGUGUCGGAGACCUGUUUGUGUCGGCUGCGCUCCCGACAGACGAUGACUUUCACUUCAGCUCGAUCGAUGCCAUGUAUUCCGGCCACUGGGUGAACGGGCUCAAGCACGACCAGCACGGGAUCGAGUACACCAACUACGGCGUGUACUCUGGCGCGUUUGUGUACAACGUGCGCGAUGGCCACGGGCAACUCGUGUACGGCAAAGGCGACAAGUACGUUGGGAAUUUUGACGUGCCGCGAUCGCGGUACUCGUUUCACAGCCACGACCCGUACCCGAAAUCGCUCUUGCCGGCGCAGUUUCAAGACGGCGUGCCCCACGGCCAAGGCACGUGGCAGUUUGCUGAUGGCGCCACGUACGAAGGCAUGAUGGUCGACGGUCGAAUCUGCGGACAGGGUCGGUAUGUGUCGUCCACGGGCGUGGUGGAAGAAGGCGAGUUUCUCGACGGGCAACUGCAUGGCGAAGGCUUUCGAGAGGAGCCCAACGGCCACGUCGAGGAAGGCAUGUUCGUGCACGGCGUCUUGGAUGGAUUUGGAACCCAACGGACCAAGCACCAGGACGUGUACGAAGGGAGCUUUGAGUCGGGCGUCAAGACGGGUCGCGGCGUGCUUCGAUUGCACGAGCGCGAUGCGACAUUGCGGGGAUUCUGGGCCGACGAUCUGCCUUCUGGACGAGGAGACUUGAUCUACUCCGUACCCGAGUCGCAUCGCCGAGUCACGGCACGGGUACGUUGGCAUGCCAUCGUGAUGCAUCGUGGAUGGCGCUCUGCCUGAAGGCUCUUGGACAAGAUCCCGCCACGCGUCGACGAAACCAGGUCCGAGAAGCCAGCAGCGCCUCGUCGGACAGCGCUCCACGUCCUUUGUCGGCCGAGUUUUGGUACGAAGGGUCGUUCAGCGAAGGCAAAGUGAAGGGACGGCACCGCCAUGUUGAUGUGGACAAGGUCGCCAUCGGCCACGUUCCGUUCACGACGUACGGCAAGAGCCUAACGCACAUGCCGUUUCCCACCACGGUGGCGGCCAAGAUGGCAAAGCAGAGCCGCCGCCACAUCAAAAACCUGCACCGGCGUCGAGCGCGAGAGGCUGUGUACCUGGCAGACGCGGAGACGACCAACCUGCGCUUGUACUACACCCUCCUCGACGAAUUUUACGAAGCGUGGGCGGACCAUGUCCAGGCAGCUUCGGCCAACUACCACGACAUCGAGGGCGAGACGGAAGAAGCCCGAGAGAAGCGGCGCCAACAAGUGCUCAAGUCGCAUAAACCACCAAAGCGGCUGCAGGAUUUCCCCGCGUUGGUGAAACGAGUGCCGCUCCAGACCAAGGACGCGCUCGCGCUGGCAUUCGCGGCCCUCGGCAAACCAACCGCGUCCAACGCCGCCACGACAACUUAAGCAUGAUCAUCCCGCAGCUGUGUCACGUAAAAGCAAAGGUCCGCAGGCUCCCCCACCGCCGUGGAAAGCAGCUGUGCUACACGCUCGCGGAAGGCGGAGCUUGGCCGAGUCGUCGAGAAUGUCCUGUACAUCUCGUUUCCAAUCGACCCCAACAUCCAGAUCCAUGAGUACGCACGGCGACAUCCAACAAUAUCCACCGCUUGCCGCGUUGCACAUUGCCUAGAGCUCGAUGCCGCACUGCCACCACUACCUUUCCGGCAUCUUCGUUGCUGUGGUUACGAGCCCAUGCCUAGCGCACAAUUGCAACACCUCUACCACGC